AGAGCUGUGACGGACUGUGAACCAGUCUCCUGUUUGUUUCCUGGUAGAAGCUACGUCUCCAGUCCACCUUCACUCCUCGUCUUCAUCAGGUGAUCAUCUCCAUCAGAAGGUCACUGGUGGAAUGAACGAAGCAAUGAGAAUCCAGUUUUACCAGAACUGAAAUUCAACCUGUUGGUGAGUCAGAGUGACCAGAAAAAUAGAAACACCACCACAGUGCUGAGGUGUUGGCCUCUGCGAUGAGUCAGCAUGAGGACGGACAGGGCAGAGGCCCUCCCUCUAAAACCGGGCUGCGUGAGGACCGUGAGAGCCGGAGCACAGCUCAGAGGAUGCAGCAGCAGAGACCAGACUCUCCUGACUCCAGCUGUGUGUCCAUGAAAAGUGACUGGUCUGAGGGUCGUCUCAUAAACUUUAAAGAUGGACGACCUGGUGAUGGAAGAGUUCAGCAGCAGAGCUCAGAGGAUCACAGUGACCAGUCUGCACAGCAGCAUCAGCCGGACCUGGACUCUGUACUCCAUGCUGCUGUGUUCAGACCAGCAGCCUUCAGACCCACACAGGAGUCACAUGUUGGGUUGGACCAGUUUCACUUCACUGUUCACUUUCUCAUUCUGUUCCAGCUGCUGGAGGAGAACAUGGUCACUUUUGUGAAGAACGAGCUGAAGAAGAUCCAGAGGGUCCUGAGUCCAGAUUACCCAGAAUGCUUAGAGAGUCAGAGGGAGGAUGAGGAGGAGCUGGGUGGUGAGGAUGAAGAGCAGAGGAGGCGCAGCAGAGAGUCAUUUCUGCAGAUCACAGUGAACUUCCUGAGGAGGAUGAAGCAGGAGGAGCUGGCUGAGCGUCUGCAGAGCAGUAAGAGGGUUUGAACAGGUUUAACAUGGUGGAAAGAGGAAGUGGAGGCGACAUGGGAGAGGUUUCCACUGACACACUCUGCUGUAGAUCUGCUGCACACAUCUGCAUCAGACCACAGGCUGUUUGUCUCCACUGAGGAUACAAACUCUGCACACACUGACAUGUUUAGUCUCUGACUUUCUGAAGGAUCCACUCACUGAUUUAACUUAUUGUUUGUUCACUCAGGA